AUGGUUGCUGAAAUAGCCAUAGAUAAAACCGUUCAACCUGUUCAACAAUCUUAUCGUCGAGCUCCAAUUGCUCUGGAGGAAAUGAUAGAAAAGAAAUUAACAUAUCUUUUAGAGCAAGACAUUAUCGAACGUGUUACACAACCGUCUCGCUGGGUUUCGCCUUUGGUUCCCGUCAUGAAAAACUCGGGGGAGGUUCGACUUUGCGUGGAUAUGCGUCGUGCCAAUCGGGCAGUUAUUCGAGAGAAACAUCCGUUACCCGUUAUCGAAGAAUUGCUAGGUACCAUUAAUGGAGCGGUUCGUUUUUCGAAGCUGGACAUCAAGGACGCCUACCAUCAGGUAGAAAUUUCGGAGGGUUCUCGAGAAAUUACAACAUUCAUCACCAAAUAUGGUCUUUUCAGAACGGAAAAGGAACAUGAAUUUAGACUAGCGGCACUGCUGAAGCGUCUGAAAGAUCAUGAUAUUCUUCUGAAUUCAGAAAAGUGUCGCAUAAACGUUAUGAAUUUGGAAUUCCUCGGGCACGAGUUGUCGGUAAAAGGAAUAAGGCCUACAGAAAAUCGAAUUCAAGCUAUCAAACAGUUUCGCUCACCUGCAACGGCAGCCGAAUUACGAAGUUUCUUGGGACUAAUCACGUGGGUUCUGCGACUACAAUCAUAUCGAUUCCAAGUUGUAUAUGAGCCAGGGGCCACAAAUUUGGCGGAUGCAUUAUCGCGAUUAUCGGUGGUACAACCGAUUUCGUUUGAAAUGAUGAAUGAAGGUUACAUAAACAGUUUAGUAUCUGCUGCGAUUCCGCAUGCGGUCACACUAGAAGAAUUGGGAAAUGAAUCAGUUAGAGAUACAGAUAUAAAAGAUCUCCUCACCGCAUUAGAUGGAGGUCCAUGGCCAGAUACGAUUAAGUCAUUCAAACCUUUCGAGUCAGAACUCUACCGGUCAGGAAAUAUAGUUCUGAGAAGAAAUCGGCUGAUAGUACCAACAGUUUUGCGUAACAAGAUUCUUGCAUUGGCUCAUGAAUCACAUCCAGGUAUCGGGACAAUGAAAAGGCGACUUAGACAGAAAGUAUGGUGGCCGGGCAUGGACAAGGAAGCGGAGAAACUAGUAAAAAGUUGUAAGUCCUGUAUAAUUGUUUCUUCCCUGGAACCUCCAGAACCAUUAAAACGCACCUUGAUGCCGGAAAGAGCAUGGGUUGAUCUGGCAGCAGAUUUUGUAGGUCCGUUGCCAUCUGGGCAUAACUUGUUAGUCAUCGUAGACUAUUUUAGUAGGUUUAUCGAAGUGAUUGUAAUGAAUCGAAUUACCGCGGCAUUAACGGUUCAAGCAUUACACGAAACAUUCUGUCGUUUCGGGAUGCCGGAGACAUUAAAGACUGAUAAUGGUCCCCAAUUUGUUAGCGAAGAGUUAAAUUCGUUCUGCAAACAGUUUGGAAUAGAAUUAAGAAGGACAACACCAUAUUGGCCUCAGGCCAACGGUGAAGUCGAAAGGGUCAACGGAAUGUUAACAAAGCAUCUGAAAAUCAGUCAGGCAGAAGGAACGGAUUGGAAGUGGGAUCUACGCAUGUGUGUUCUCAUGUAUAACUCGUCUCCACACUCAACAACGGGAGUUGCUCCAGCGGUUCUAAUGUUUGGGCGCCUACUUAAAGAUAAAUUACCAGCAUUGCAGUACCUUCCUCAACAGUCAGUGGACGAAGUUCGGGAUCGAGAUCGGAUUCGUAAAUAUGAAGGAGCGCGAUACGCAGAUCAUCGCCGUCAAGCCAAGUUAAGGGCGUUACAGGCUGGGGAUGUGGUGGUGAUUAAAAGGUCACAUAAAGAAAACAAAUUGUCAUCAAAUUUCAGUCCAGAAGAAUGGAUGGUCGUUGAACAAAUUGGAUCGGAUGUAAAACUUUGUUCUAAAGUCUCUAACCGUGUGUUGCAUAGAAACAUUGCGCAUUUGAAAUUGAUUCCAGAACCAGACGAGGAGCAUUCUAUUUACUCUUCAAAGGAGGGUUUUAGUCCAGAUAAGGCACAGCCGGAGCAACAGGCGUCUCAACUAGAAGCAGACAUAAGUAAAACAGGUCGUCCGCGAAGAGAUAGUAAACCGCCGUCACAUUUGAAGGAUUUUUCAGUUGGCUAG